CCAUCCUAUGAGCUUUGCGCGCAAGUGCUUUCCUCGCAACCGGGUGCUGUACUUUGUCGUGUCGAUAGUGCUUGUGAUAUGAUCGUUUCGUUACGAAGUCUGACAAAUCGGGUUGAAACAGUGGUUGUUGGUAUUGAUGCGGAUUCACGAUUCUGGACAAUAAACGAGAAGUACAAAGGUAGAGUUUUCAAACUUUUGCUAAUGCACUCAGUCACUUUUUUACAGGCAGUUACUCGGCUCGGCCGCGCUUGA